AUGAGCAGGGUGUGCGUUACCGGAGCCGCCAGCUACAUCGCCGCCUGGCUCGUCGGAAAGCUGAUGCAGCGAGGCUGCAUCGUCCACCCCACCUUGAGAUCCCUCCUGGAUGAGGAGAAGACGGGGCUGCUAACCGCGCUGCCCGGCGCGGCUGACCGGCUGACGCUGUUCGAGGCGGACAUCUACGAUGCCGCCACCUUCGAGCCAGCGAUCCAGGGCUGCGAGUUCGUCUUCCUGUUCGCCACCCCGCUGGUGCACGACAACAGUAGCGCCAAGUAUAAGAGCGUGACCGAGGCGAUCGUGGACGCGCACUGCCUCAUCCUGCAGCAAUGCGAGCGGUGCGGCGAGUCGACCUCCUCGAUACUGCCAGAAUCUUCGUUGUCUUCGUCAUUUUCGUCUUCAGACUGCCAGUCGGCACUUCCAUCUUCACUUUCUUCCCCCUCCGGGAGUUGUUCCCCGUUGGGCAUCGAGUAUAUCUUGGUAUAA